AGUAGAGCAUUUCUCAUUUGUUAGUUUUGGGCACAGGGAAAAAAAGAAGAAAAGAAGUGUAAACCUACGCAACAUAAUCAAGCGAAAAUAUCGCCGUCGCCGUCGCCGUCGCCGCGAUUACGGUGGUGGACUUAGAGCUGCGGAGUAGCAUCGGCCGUCGGCACUAUGGACUUCGCCAGGCAGGCAUUGCAUCUGUUCGGAGAAUCCGACGAAGAGGACGAGAACAACAACGACGGCGAUGAGGAGCAGGACAGGGAGCCGCCAUCGGAGCAACAGAAGCAGCAGAGCUCAUCCUCCUCUUCCUCAGCUUCGUCUUCUUCCACUGGACGCUCCUCCUCCGAUGGCUCUUCUUCAGCCUCCUCAUCCUCCAAUCGCAGCAGCAGCGGGGAGGAGGACAACGACGCCAAUUUUGGGGAGGUGAGAUCGUCUCCCGUUAAUAACGAUAAUUACGAUUUCAACGACGAUAGGGGUUCGCACUAUGAUGAGAACGACGAGGAGGUUGAGGAUAAAGAUCUGUUCGGGUCUGAUAAUGAGGAUUACGUCAACACACCUUCCAACAGUACCUACGCCGUACCCAUUUUGCCACCUGUCCGCAACACAAACAACCACACAAGAGGAGGUUUUGCACGUGGGCGUUGGAAUGAUAGAGGGCCAGGUCUCCUUCCACGUCCUGGCCCUUACCCGCAGAGACAAGGUUAUGGUUCGAAAUUCUUUAAUGGUCAUCGCGAUGAACGGUUUGUUUCAGAGUUGAAAUUCUCAAAGAGUGAAGAAACAUUAGCCAGAAAAGCCAUUGCAUUCCAGGAGCCAUGUGAACUUGCUUGCUUGAGCCGGGUAGAAGGUGGGGAGGUCUGCUUUGAUGAUCGCAGUUUGAGGCUAUUUAAGCGGCUUAUAACGGAAGAUGUUGGGACUGACCUCAAUCAAGGUUUUGAUACUUUCACUGAGAAGAAAGACCUGGGUUCUCAAGGCUUUGGUGACCUUCUAGCCACAAUAAGAAAUAAAAAUAUACCUCUUCAAAACAUGCACUUUGUGACGUAUCGUAACAACCUUAACAAGAUUCUGGCUACUGCAUAUAUCAGGAAUGAACCUUGGGAAAUGGGAGUGCAUAAAAGGAAGGGAGUAGUUUAUCUUGAUGUUCAUAAAUUGCCAGAAAGGCCGCAAACUGAAGUUGAUCGCCGAAGAUGUUACUGGGGCUACUGCUUUGAGGCUCUUGCAACCGAAGACCCAAGAAGAUCAGAUGGAGAAGGGAUUCAUCAUGUUGAUGCUAAUGUUGAAUACUGUUCUGUUAUUAAAACCAAAUUAGGAGCUCAUCGAAUUCUCAUGGGUGCUGAAAUGGACUGCUGUGAUUCAACUGAUGAUGGCAGAAGAUUCUAUAUAGAGCUAAAAACAAGUCGCGAGUUAAAUUAUCGUACCGAGGAAAGAUAUGAGAGGGAGAAACUGCUCAAGUUCUGGAUCCAGUCAUUCCUUGCUGGCGUGCCGUAUAUUGUGAUUGGUUUUAGGGAUGACACUGGCCGACUUGUCCGUACAGAACGUCUAAGAACCAAAGAUAUAACCCAGAGAGUGAAGAUGAAAGGUUACUGGCAGGGUGGGGUAUGCCUAGCUUUCGCAGACGAGGUUUUGUGCUGGCUUUAUGGGACGGUCAAAGAGAAUGAAGACUACAUAUUGCAAUUUGCGCCACCCUUCGCCCGGCUGGAGCUGCUUCAGGCUCAAUCGUGCCCUGAUGUGAUCACUGACCAUGUCGAGCAAGUGUAGCUACUUUGCUCGAUUUUCUUUCUCGUCGUCUUCGUGCUACAUUGCUCGGCUUUGCUUUUGUCCUCCUGAGUAUCGAAUGGUUUACUUACAUAACUAACUAUAUACAUACUUCAACAUAUAUAUAUGUUAUGUAAUUUUUGACAUUGUGUAAAGAUGUUAAUGCCGAUGUCGGUGACUUGACAUCGAGAAUUCUCUUUAUCACAAAACAUUCGGUGAUAAGACUUUAGUAAUUAUCAUAUUUUUCCAUAUUAAAUAGUAAUGAUUAAAAAUAGAAUAAACUG